CUUUUGAUGUUGCGCUCUGUUUUAUAUGCUCUAGUUCGAAUCUUGGCGUUCGUUUCAUUGCGCCAGGAUAUCCUGAUUUCUAAGAGAAAGAAGUGUAUUUACUGUAUACACGUCGUCGCCGUAACGAGAACUCUAACACUGAAUUUUUGGUUUUUGGGCGAUAUUGGAAACAUUUUUCGGGCACUUACUUAACUGGCAGCCCAACCACUGUACCCUAGUUGCGUAUUUGCUUUUUUAAGAGCUACUAAAAAAGUUCCAUUCCGGUGUGCACAAUAAAGGAUCUGUGCGCGGCGCGCGACUCAGUCACAUGAUAUACAAUACAAUAUUAACGACGCGAAAUAAAAAUGCUAUAAACACCGACGCAACGUUGCGACGCGCUACACGGCGUGCUGUUGAUAAAUCAAUACAAAUUUGCCACAAAAACAUAGUGAAAAAACAACAAAAUGUGCAAAAAGUCAACCACUAAAUUUUUUUAACAUAUUCUAAUCAAAAUAUGCGACGCCUUACAACAAAAAGAGAUAAGACAACAACAACAAAAAAAAUAAAUCAACAACAACAAAAGAAUAACUCCACAACAACAAAAAAAUCAUCAACUACUAAAAAAUCAACAAUAACAACAAAAUAAUCAACAAUAACAACAAAAAAAACCAACAACAACAAAAAAGUAAACAACAAAACACACAACACCACAAAAAAAAAAUAAUCUAAUAACAACAACAAGAGCAAACUAACUUCAUGCUGCAACAAAAAACCACAUUCAUCCACUGCGCCAUUUGAUUGCUUGGCAUUCUGUUGCAACUAUCCAACUUGCUUGCCACAAUGCCGUCGGCUUUGCAGCAUAUCAACUGAGCGCGUCAAACGGAUACCAGUUUCUCUGCUGCACGCUCUGCCGGUGAUUAAUUGCGACUGAGGUAAAAGUUGUACGAAAUUCUCGAUUUGGAAGGCAGCCUUAAACCGCUAGUGACUCCAAUAUCCAUGAGCAACCAAUGAAGGUUGAAAAACUGCGAAGCCUUCGAGAGUUUGGAAGCUGCUAAUGGCAGCUUGUGCCAACCGUUGGUCAACACCGGUUACUGGCAAGUCGUAAGAGAGACACAGAGCAUGUGUUCCAUUUUUCAUAAUCGCAUCAACUAUCGCGGUUUGCGCAGCAAUUCGAGUGGCAGCAAUAGUAGCGGCAGCAUAAGUAAUUUGAGCAAAGAACUGGAUGCCGAUCGCAAUAAUAAUGGCGGUAGCGUCGGCGCUGGCGGUGGAGUCGUGGUCAGCAGCAGCGAACACAAUGAACACAACGGCGAGGAUGCGACUUGUGGGGAUGAACGCAAAGCGGACAUCCGGUUACCCUUGAAGAGCGCCAAUUCCACGCCCGACAGCGCGAUCGUCGACGAGAACGCCGAUCCGCAGCGCAAUAUGCGCGCAGCCAGCAUAGAGCUUGCGGAACAACGUAGCAGUGUAGAGCGCGAUGAGGGCGAGGACGAGUCGGAGGAGUUGGCGGGCGAUAGCAAUGAGGCGUUGGAUUUGUCUGUGCUGCCGAGCACUCGACUACCCGGUAGCGGUCAUGUGGCAUUGGAGGCUUUACAACACACCAAAGUGGCGGUGGCGCAAUUCGCCGCCUCAGCGCUAAGCGGCACACAAAAUUACGGCGAAGCCAUGAACGAGCUGGCAAUGGUGCAAUCGACGAUACUGAAUGUACAGCGGCAACAUCUGAUGCAACUGCAACUUAUACAACAUUUGCAGAGUCAAUUGAAGCGCGCUGGCGAUCUGACAAUGGAUACCGAGCAGCUUGAAGAGCAACAGCAGACUGAAGAGGCAGAGCACUCAGCGCCAAAGCGAAGAUUCUUGCAAACGCCACCGGCGGAAACGGAAGAAAAGCUGGCGGAAGCAGUAACAGCUACUACACACAACAACUUAAAAGCUGAUGAGCCGUUCAUACACACGCGGCCGGUAUCUACGUCAAAUGAAGAGAACACAAAGACUGAAGAGAGAACAAAUAAGAAGGCGAGGGAGCCGGCGUCAAAGCAUGCCAAAAAUGAAGAAGUUAGUAAUACAGGCAGUACUAGUCUGGGUGCUGUUGGUGCAACGCUACCAGCUCAUAGUAAUAACAACAAUUAUCAACCCUUAAUGUGCGACAUAAGCUCCUCUCUAGCCUCUAGCAUUAUCACGAAUCAUGAUCCAUCCCCCGCACCUAAUGAGAUGAACUGCUUGGAGAUGUUGCAACGUCGCACCGAGGAGGUGCUCGAUUCGGCCUCGCAAAGCUUGCAUGCUUCACAUCUGCAAGACGAGUACGAGUACUCGCAGAAGGAUGCGCAGGGUAGAGGGGAAAUAUUUAAACACCGCUGCAAGUAUUGCGGUAAGAUCUUUGGCUCCUUUUCGGCAUUGCAGAUACAUCUGCGCUCACAUACUGGCGAACGUCCAUUUCAUUGUAACGUCUGCGGCAGCAAAUUUACAACGAAGGGCAAUCUGAAGGUCCACUAUCAACGGCAUACACAGAUAUUUCCGCCAAUGUUGCUAGCUCCUGGACCGGGUGGCGCUGUUGUCGAACAGUUUCCAACUUAUGGCGCACCAGUUGGCGGCCCAAUAUUGUCAGCUGUAACACCAGUUAGAUUACCCGCGCCAGCAGACGACAGCAAGCAGCUGGGUUGUGAGGAUACGCCACUAAUUGCUCACAAGGAAAAUCAUGAGGAACAUGCAAAGCAAUCAAUACCCAAUCGUGUCACAAAACCGGAAGCGCCAACUUCGCCCAUUGACAGGCCGCAGGACUUAAGCAAGCCGCAUCAUUCGCCUGUGUUGCACGAAAACCCGUCUCCUCUAGAGCCGCAAAAGUCACCAAAGACAUCGCCGGUAUUGAAACCAAGUUUAGAGGCAAAACAUGAAAAACCGGAGCGUACAAGCAGUCACAACCCGCCACAAACAAAUCAGCAUGCGUCAAAGCGUAGUAGUAAUGCGCGGAAACGUAACUCACGCGCCAAUACGCCGCAUAUCGGCGCCAACGAAACACGUAAACCACAUGCACACGAUAAAUGCGAACGUGAGCGCGAACGCAUGCUGGAUGGUGGCGAGUUUCUGCACAAAUCCGCAGCGAUCUUACGACGUUCAUCGCUAAGUCGUAACUCCAGCAAUAGUGGGCUCGAGCCGCCGCAUAUCUCAUCCGAAUACUCACUGGCGCAGAUGGAACGCAUUAUCGAUAAAUCGUGGGAGGAUCUCAUCGAGAUCGACACAACGUCGGAGACAUCGAAGCUACAGCAGCUGGUGGAUAAUAUUGAGAAUAAGCUCACGGAUCCAAAUCAAUGCAUUUUCUGUCACAAAGUGAUGUCCUGCCGUAGUUCAUUGCAAAUGCACAUACGCACACAUACCGGCGAACGACCGUUUCGUUGCAAAAUUUGCGGACGUGCCUUCGCCACCAAGGGUAAUCUGAAGGCGCACAUGAGCAUACACAAAAUCAAACCGCCUAUGCGUAGCCAAUUCAAAUGUCCUGUCUGUCAUCAGAAGUUCUCGAAUGGCGUCAUACUACAACAACACAUACGCAUACACACGAUCGACGAUGGCAGCGGCGCUUUGGUUGGUCUACCGGGCGUUAACCUAAAUGGUGGCAUGCUUGGCGCAUUUUCACUGCCAAUGGGCGCACUGCCACCGGGCACACCCAACACAGCCGAAGCUGUGGCGGAGCAUAAUGCACGCAUGAAAGCGCACAUGGAUGCCGCAAUUGAGGAUCAAAAUUCGAAUAAGUCAAUGGGCACAUCGGAUAAUUUUGAUUUCUCCACAACAUCCGAUUACUCCGGCCAGCGUUCGGAAUCGUCGCAAGGUGAUUUUGAUGAUUUCAUGACGAUGGACAGCACAGAUGAUUCGCGUGAAAAUACAAGCUCUCUAACGCCCUUCGAGCGUCGUCUAGCCGAUGACUAUGCCGACGAACGUAUGCAUGAGACUGCUGAACGUGGCGAUACCGCUGAGCUGCCCAAUCCGAUGGCUGCUAUGGCAGCUGCAGCGGCUAUGGAUCUCUCGGCACGUGGUUUUCCCGCUAAUGGCGUAACGCAGAAGGCGCUAGAACAUCAUCUACCCAUGUUGGGUAUGUCACCGAAUUUUCUGCUGAUGGCAGCGGCGCGCGAAGAGAUGCAGAUGUUGGGCGCGCAUGCCAAGUUUCCGCUAUUGCCUUUCGGACCGCUGGGAUUUAUGGGUCUACAUCCACAGACGCAUUUAUGUAAUGUGUGUUUCAAGAUCUUCCCCAAUUCGGCCGCAUUGGAGCGUCACACGCACAGCGAACAUACCAAAGAUGUUGCUAAUAGCACAACAACAACAACAACAAUGACAACAGCCACACCAUCAGCAUUAACUACUUCGUCAGCUACAACAACGACUACGCAUUCUGACAACAACAGCAACAAUACAGCGACAACAAGUGCCACCGCUGCAGCGCAUGAUUCAAGUCGUUCCGCGAAUUGCGAUGGAGCAUCACCAACAUACAAUGCGAAGCUGUCAGUGAGCAGUAAUCUCUUCUCCAAACAAAACAGCGAUGAAGGAGAUGAGAAACGCGUUACAAAUAACAGUACAGCAACAGUAAAUAAUCAAAAUAGCAACACAGCUUCUAAAAACGGUAAUUGUUUGACUAAUAUAGCACAAGCGACUAGCCCUAAUGAUUUGGAAACUAGCGUAGCGUCGCGCAUUAAGCAAGAACCCGAUACUGAAACCGAAUGUGAGUCACAACAAUUGAAGGCCAACAUUUUAAGAUCCUCACCUACACCAACGACGACACCAUCGCCUUUGCCAACAGCGCCAACGCUACCAACGAUAACGGGCUGCAUGCCACCAGCUUCACCAAGCAAUAGUACACUGGAACAACAAAGUGGGCCAGCAACAACACAUUCGCCAUUCGAGCUCGCUGUACAUCCCCAUAUGGGCUUGCCGCACAACAACGCCGAGCAGUCGCUGAAGCAAAUGCAAUUACUAUCCUCACUUCCGCAUGAUACCAUGCAAUCCAUGCAACUGCAUUAUGGCAACGCCCAUUACCAUCACCACUAUCAUCACCACCAACAACAACAUCAACAACACCCGCCAUCGCAUCCACACCAACAACCACAACAACAAUUGUCACAUAAAUCUUUGCUGCCCGCAGAUGCCCAUCGUUUCCCGGCGAGCCCAUUGGACUUUCAACAGGCUCUGAUGUCGGUCGGUCCACCGAGCUUGAGUGCCGACGCAGCCGCUGCGGCGAAUCAGAAACAUUUCUGUCAUGUUUGUCGACGAAACUUUAGUUCGAGUUCAGCGCUUCAGAUCCACAUGCGUACACAUACGGGGGACAAACCGUUCCAGUGUAAUGUGUGUCAGAAGGCUUUCACAACUAAAGGAAAUUUGAAGGUCCAUAUGGGCACGCAUAUGUGGACGAAUCCCACAUCACGGCGUGGUAGACGCAUGUCACUUGAAUUACCGUUACAUCGACCUGGCAGUAUAUCAAGUGAAGCGGAUUUCAUGCAAAGACGUCCAGAACUAUUUUUCCCAUAUUUGCCGCCAUUUUUCAAUGGAUUACCACCAAAGCCUGGUGACCUAAGUCCUGGCGCAUUUUCGAAUCUAACGCCACCACAUUUUCCGAAUGGCGCAAAUGCUGGCAAAUAUCCACCGGGACUCUUAGGUCUGCCACCAUUUCUUGCACCACCUUAUAAUUUCCCGGGCAUGACACCGCAGUCACAUGGCGAUAACAGUAAAUCCCCCACACCAACAAGAGAUGACAACAGACGUUUGGAGAGCCCUUCACGCGGCUCAGCUUUAGAAGCGACAACGCCUUGGCAUAUGUUAGGUAAAAUUAAAACAGAGAACAAUCAAAAUGACGAAUUGUCAACAACGCCGACAAGUAGUUGUAAUCAAAUCGAUGAGUUGCACAACGAAGUUCAACAUAUAGUGGACUAAAUGUGGAAAUUUAGGCAUUUAAAUUGUUAAGAGGGAUUGUUAAGCUUUCUAGCUUGUGAGCGUUAGAAGAGUUGUGGGUUGAAAAGUGAUGAGAAUAGGCAGGCAGAUCGAAAAGGGUAUUAGCUCUGCCUCGGAUUUGACGUUUUCGUUGCUAAAAAUGUUCCUGUGACCGAAAACCUAAAGUACGGACUAAUAGAGUUAAACUGCCAGUGAGCUUAAAGUUUUCUUACAUUUGUUUACUAAGCUGGAAUUGAUCAGUGGCGAUGGCAAGGUUGGUAGUGCCGUCUGGCUGUCUGUGUAAAUGAUCGAAUACUGCAUCCUCCUGUAGUUGUUCAGUAGAACUCCACAGGUCUUCACUAUGCCUUGUACUUCCGCUUAGAAGAUGCUAGCUGAGUUUGGUAGACGGAAAGACAGUCAGAUAUCAAGAUGCUCCAAAUAUACACCAAUGCAUAAGGCUUGCUAUUCUUUCUCUGCGGCAUUAUCUUAGUUAUGUAUAUUUCUUAAAUAUCUAUUAAAUCGAAAAGUCGUAGGUUUUUGGCUUUCUAUAUGGACUACUAACCUCAGCAAAAAGGAGAAAGCGCGAAAUUUUUGAUAGAUAAACUUUUUAUUUUCGGUAUACUGGGAGUUCAUAUCGCGGACAAUAUAAUUCUUAGCUUUAAAAGGGAGGAGUUGUCGCUUAAAUUAGGUUGGUAACAGGAAGCAACAAGUUUGGGUUCUAUCUAAUUUUAUCAUAAUAUACAAUAUAAUCUUGGAAACAAUAAUUUUGGAAAAGGCAUAUCGGAAGUAGGCCGUGUAUUCUUUUACAAUGAGAUUUAGUAUGACAAGGUGACUAUGAUCAGAAGGACUUAAGAAUUUUAUUGCCUUUUUUAACCAAUGUUUUUGGGUUCUCUCUCAUUUUGUCAUAAUAUAGAACCUAAGAAACAGAAACUUCGGAAAAAGUUUAACAGUGGUUUUACGGUUUUUCUUUUACAAUCAGCGUUUGCCAUGAGAACAACUUAAGAAUUUUGUUGCCUUUUUUAAACAAUUUCCCUGGAAAAAAUAACCUGCUUAAGCCUUUUCAACCCACGCUCAACUACUUAUUUAUGCGGCAUUUUAACCGCAAGAGAAAAAUGUGAAUGUAAAGUUAAUUUUUAAUGAGUAGUAAAACUGAAAACAUGGUUUUUGUGGAGUACAUAUCGUAAAAAGGUAAAAAUGCUUAAUAAUCAUUGCUAAAUUAUGAACAUAUGAAUAUUGUAAUUAAAAAAAAUUAAACAAAAAACUCAAUACUGAGCGUAAUUUGUGGCUAAAAAGUUUCAGAAUAAAUAUGCUAUUGAAUAAUGUAAGGAAAUAAAAUUAGAGCUUAGAAUUUAAAGCGAACGAUUAAGUUUUAGAUUACAGGGGCAAGGAGAAACUAAUUAAAUAAUUAUAAUUAAAUAAAAAUUAGUAUGAAACGCAUGUAUGCAUUUAAGUGGCAUUAACUUAUUGUACAGUUAGAAUGUAAUAGGUAUAUAUAUAUAAAAUAUUAUUAAUAAAAAAAAUAAAUACUUAGUACUUAGCCUUUAAUUUAUGUAGUCAAGAUAUAAAGUGGCAAUUAUCAGCAACGAUUUGUGGCUAAGUAAAAACAUUAAAUUUAAGUCAAUACAUACAUACAUACAAACACACACUAUGAAUGUGUUAAAAGCGUGCAAUGCAAUUUAUAAAUAUGUAAUGUAAGAAAAAUCAAGUGCGAAAUAUUAAAUAAAAAAAAAAUAAAAAUAAAAAUAAAUUAUUAAUUUAACUGAAUUUUUGUUUUUUUAUUAUUUAAAUAAAUUUGUUUUUUUGUUCAAACUCUUUUUUUAUUUUAAAAUUUUUUUUAGUUCAAUUGAAGGAUAGAAGUCGAAAUAAAUUUGCAUUAUUAUUUCAUAUUUUUCAUCACUUCCUUUCAGCUACACCCUAAAUGUAGGCAAUGAAUCGCAGAAUAAUAAGUAUUCACAAACGUUGCCUAUAUCCUGAUCCAUAUUAUCAAUAUUACUAGGUGGCGGUUCCCUUAUUCUAUUGUCGUUUACUGGACCAGUGUUAAGUGUCAGAAUACUUCUGAUAUAAAAAUACAUGAAGCUAUAUCUCUUAAAUAUAUAAUCGAGCCUAUUAAAUAUAGAAGUCUAAGGCACGUAUCACUCACCUGACCCAUUUCUAAACCUUUGUCCCGACCAAAUGAAAAAUAAAAAAUUAAUACUGGUCGCAUUUCACUAGGCUUCUAUUAGCCACACCCUAAAUGUAGGCAAUAAACUGCAAAAUUACAGGAAAAUGUUCAAAAACGUUGCCUACAUUCUGGUCUUUAUUAUUAAUAUACCCAGGUGGCAGUUCCUCUGUUCUAUUGCCGAUUACUCGCUAGGGGUUUGCCCUGCGUUUAUUAUCAGGAUAUUUUUAAUAUCAACAUAUAUUAAACUGUAUCUUUUAAAUAUAUAAUAUUUUCAUAUAUAGCAGUCUGAGGAAUAUAUCGCUACAAAAGAGCUGGAAAUCGAUGAGCAAGUAUGUCAUUAGCAGAGUAGGAGCACGUACAGGUGCGUUUACCGUGUCAUGAAGACUGACCAAGCCACGCGUUUAUCAAAAAUAUUAUAUAAACACAUUCUGAAUGAUACUUCUCUAUCCUAUUCUUUGGUCAAACCUCGUUCUAAUAUAUACAGAGUUUGAAGGAAUUGCUAUUAAUAAAAUUUCAUUUCCUUUUGAUUUUUUUGCUUGAGAGGUAAGGAUAUGUUCUCGACUAUGAAAAUAUCAUUUAGGUCUUCAUCAGCACUUUUAUUUUCCCGUUAUACUCCGACUAGGAACAACACAGUCAAUAAUGGUACUGACUUUGCUUUUUUAGGUGCUCGGAAUAAUGUCGAUAUGCUAAGUGGUUGUUUGUUAACUCUGUUCACUAAAUAUUUAUAUAAAAAUAGUUUAAAAAGUUUGUGAUUUUUUGUCUAAACUUGGGGACUUGGUAGGGCAAAUCAAUGAUAAGUAGAGUUAGUGCAGUAUCGAGAAGGAAUUCAAACCUAUUUUUAUAGAGAAAACAUUGCUUUGAAGUAUAUUAUAUAUAAUUGGUUUUAAAAGUCGAUAUCUAGAAUGAGACUAAGACGAUCUGUUCUGCUAGUUCAUAGAGUAAAUCCUAGCUGAUUUCUCUAUAUACAUCAGAGUAGACUUGCAUCGGCUCUAUGCUCUGUAGUCAGUCCGGUUUUAACUAAUUUAGCCAGAAAAUAGAUUUUUCCAGAGAAAACUGGUUUAAAAAUGAAAGUAUGACAAACAAAAUUUAUGUUCUAGAUGUACUGCGUACGGAUAUGAUUCCGAUUGGUAAGAGUAGGUAAAGGAGUAGCUAAGUCAUUUUAGGUAUGAGCUGAAGAUAAAUUUAUAAGAAAGUCUUAUAAUAUUUCUUUGUACGAUAUUUUUAUAACCUGAAUAGGGCAUAUUAAGUUUGUCACAAAGAAAACGUCGGAAGUCCUCUAACAUAAAGUAUACCAGUGGCGGAUCCAUGAGGGGUGCGGGUUUACAAUCAGAGAUUUAAAUGCAAAUUCAGAGGAAUUCAUGAAGUAACAUUAUUAUUAAAAUUAUGUUGAAAGAAAAAACCGCUUCACAGAAAGAAAUUCAGCAUCACGAGCAGAGUAUAUUUAGUCAAGUCCGUUUGUCGGUAUACCUAUAUGCGCACUAGCCCCUCAGUUUUUGAGGUAACGGUCUGAAAUUUCGCACACAAGCUUUUCUCCUCCAGAAGCUGCUUAUUUGCCAAGAUCAUCAAUACCGGAUUAAUAUGGGAUAUAGCUGCCAUACAAACUGAUCGCUCAAAAUCAAUCCUUGUACGGAAAUAUCAUUUUAUGCUAUAAAAAAUGCACCUAUGAAGGGUAUUACAGCUUCAGUAUGGCCAAAGUUAAUGUUUUUUUUGUGUUCAAAAAGUUAAGUCUUUAAGUCUACAUUAUAUUUAUUUAUAACUAUCAUCAAUUUAGGAAUCAUGUUUUUUUUUUUUAAUUAUUUUAAUAAAAGAGAGUUUGUACUCAGUUUCUCACUUACAAAACACACACACAUUCAUAUAAAUAUGGACACCCCUAGUAUAUGUAUAUUUAGAAACGAAACGCAAGUGCUGGAUAUAUGGUAAAUAAAUCAUAAAAAUAUAAUAUGUAUGUAAGUAAGUAAGUGGAAAUUAAGCGAAACAAUGAAGUAAGGAAUGUGAAU